UAAAUAUCUUAUAAAUAAAUGUUUAUCCGUUCACAUAUUUCCAGAAAAAUAAGCAAAGGCUAUGAAAGCUGUGAUCAUGGAAACGUUGCCACGGCCACUCUAACACCUACAAACCGCACAUACUUUUAUGCUUUAAUUUAUUUGUAGAAUAAUAUUUGCCCUAUUUUGAUUAAAAAAAAACCUAUUUUACACAAACUUAACUUUCAGCAAGUUUCUGGUCCUUAAAAAUAGCCUUGAAUUCCGCGCCCAUUUCGCUUAUGACAGUUCCAGUUAAGAUACUCAUCAAAAUCAGAAGGCUUUUUAAAUUAUACGUCUGUCUAGAUAAAAUUUGAUUGAUUCUGAAUGACUCAGGCAGCAACCUCUUCACAUACAUUCUGCUAAGCAGAUGGGCAGAAAACUUGGCCACCAUUAAAGCUAAUCAAUUUCAACUGCUUGCCGUCCAUCAAAAUUUGUAACAAGCACCGCGGGGCGUUUGCACAGCAGAUGAAGAUCAGGAAUAACUUUGCUUGUGAUUUUAUUUGUCGAUUGGUUGGCUGACGCUAGCCAGAAGAUAAACAACAGAAAAAAUAGCAGAAGAAGCUCAACUGAGGCACUCGCGAACACGGGUUAGCUGGAAGUCAAGUGGGGCCGACAACUUGGCGUGACGAAAUCAGUCAUAUAAAAGAAGGAUCAGAAAGGCCCUAGCUCGGAUCCUUGGCUUAGCUUACAUAGGAAAUUGUUUGGCAAAGGUGGAUGCCAGGAAGUUUUGCAGAUUUCCUUUAGCCGGUUAGCUGGUCUGCACAAAACAAAUUUAAACAAAAAUCGAAUCAUAAAUAAGUGAAAACUACAUCAACAAAACUUUAAGAUUAACCAAGUCCUCAGCCGAGCCCAACGAGUCUUUUCGCGGUCACCGAAAUCCUUGGCAAUCCGUUUCAGUCGAUAACCACAAUCAUGCCAAUGAGCGAACUGAUCAAAAUAUAAUAUUGCGACAAUGUCAGCGGAGGAACACGAGGCAGUAAUCAACAGUGCGCACAACUGCGUUCCUCGGAUAAACCAGCAAAAUACCUAAAACCAUGAAGGGUAGAAACUAGUCAAAUAAAGCUAAAGAGAGUUAACAGCGACCGGCAGUUUAGCACUAGAUUUUUGAAAUUAGUUUAAAGUAGCAAAGUGGAGACUAGUGGGGAAAGCAAAACAGUGCCCCAUACUUAUUGGCAAAUAUGUCAAGCCUCAGCAUAGCCUUAUUGGCUGUUCUACUGGUCAGCGUCAACUGUGUCAGCAAGUGCUCAAAUGAGACUAAAAAACUUGAAGCAGUGCCCUUGACAGGACAUCAGUUUGUUAACAGGAAUGGUAACACCACCAUUUUGCAUGAAGUGCAGAAAACGGAAACAGAGUUGCCACUAUUACUAAACACACACGAGGUCCUGCCGCUUAAGCCGCCGAAAAAGAAGCCUUACUUGCCCCUUGAGAAGAUCAUACCGAUCAUUGAGUAUGUAAAGCCACCGCAACCACUCAAGGAGUUUGAAUUGCAUCCGGUUACCUUUGACUUUAAUUUGGGUGAUUUAGAGGAUCUGGAACACGAGGUUAUUAAGAAGGGUGAUCUCAACAACCAAGAGCAGCGUGUCCUGGCCUUAGACACUAGCUACAAUCCCUCCAAUCCCGAUGAGAACGAUACUGUGGAUGUAGACAUCGCCGAGUUAUCCACAGAGCCCGCCACAGGCACUUUGCCGGGAACGACGACGACUCUCUCGUCGAUGACCAGCAGCACUUCCAGUACUCACAUUUUAAAGAUCCUGGGUAGUAAGCCGCCAAUGGCACCAAAACUUAGUCGCGAUCUGCUUAAGCAAAGUGGAGACGAUGAAAUGCAACUAAAAACCUUGGGCAGUACUAUAAAUAGCAUCCAUCGUUAUCUGGGGACAAACGCGAAUGGAACAGGAAACGGCAGCGCAGUUGAGAGUCUUUAUGGCCAGGCCAACUAUUUUCAACUGGUGGCAAAUCUCUAUGACCACUUCUACUGGCAAAUUUCUGAAAUCAGAACAAAUGUUCGCACAGGCUGCGGGCUCGAGAUGCAAGCCUAUUUGACGGCACUCCAUUCUAGCUAUGAGUGGGCCCAAAAGGCUUAUGAUUCAUCUGGGCGCUACCGUGGCCAGCUGCUCUUUGGAAACGAUAAGUGGCUGGGUCAGCUUUCAUUCUGCUAUGAGCUCAAUCGCAAAAGUUUAACUGAGGAGCGCCAGCACUUUGAUUUGGAGUUCUAUGUGGCGGAUGUUGCACUUCAUCUGCCCAGGCUUAAUCGAUCGAUACUUUUGAGUCUGGGAGAGUGUUUGCCCAAAUCCUGUUCUGACAUUGAUGUCAAAUCUAUCUUGUCCCUUGAUCCAUAUGCUCGAAUGCUGACUGUAUUGGGCGCACACAAUACCUCAAUACAACAACUUCCGCUUCAGAUCCUGCAUGUUCGCACUGUGCCCGGACUUUAUACGCACUGGCGUCAGUUAAAGUUUCAGGUGUUCAUCAGCUUUAUGCUCACUCUUUUUCUGGUGAUUUUGGUUGCUUCCUAUUAUCAGCUCAAAAUCGACGAACGUCGCUUAGUGGUGGCUCCUAUUGCAGCCAUUAGUGGCAAAUGCGAUAGAACCUCUGCCAAAAACCAUGGAUUUUAUGGCAAGUCCUUCGAGCUAUUUCAAAUGCGGCCCUUGGGCUGUACAAGUGCUUCCACGGAUGUUCCCGAAGUAGAUGUCAAUGGAAACAGACAAAGAUGUGAGGACUCAUCUGACACGGAAAAUGGUGUUCAACGAGAAUUCGGUGACCCCAACACUUCCACGUCAGUUGGUGAAAAGUCAGAAAUGGCCGAUUAUCAAGUGGAAACUGGGAGCUGUGCUGGAGGCACUGGAACUUAUGAGGCGAAGCAAUCUGUCGCUUUGCACCAACAAAUACUAUUGUGCUUCGCCUUGCAAACUAAUGCCAAGGCGAUUCUAAACAUCAACAAAACCAAGGAGCAGACCCACACUGCAUGCCUGCAUGGAUUAAGAGUAUUCUCUGUUCUUUGGACCAUGAUGGUGCACACCUAUCUCCAAAUGUUUGCAAUUGGUGAAAAUAAAUUUGAAAGGAUCAUCACAGAGCGCUCUUUUUGGUAUCAGGUGAUUGGCAAUGCCACCUUCUCAGUAGACUCAUUCUUCUUUAUCAGCGGCCUGCUGGUCACUUUGCUCUACCUCAAGCAGGAUCGUAAACAUCCGACUGAAACAUGCCUUUUUAUUAAAAGAAGCUUUUCGGAAACGCUUAUGAUGCUGCUUUAUCGCUACCUACGACUUACACCAGUUUAUCUCUUUGUAGUCAUCUUUAAUGACUUUGCCGUAAGACAGGGCCUAGACACUUCGGUAUUUCAACCUGCCAAAAUCGAACACAACACUUGUCGCAUUUAUUGGUGGCGCAAUAUUUUGUAUAUAAACAACUAUUUUCCGCAAACAGAAAUGUGCAUGAUGUGGAGCUGGUAUAUGGCCAACGAAAUGCAGUUUUAUGUGAUGGCUGCUCUGCUUUUGGCUUUGGCCAGAAAGUACUUCAAAGCCGUGGCUAUUACACUUUUCGUUAUUCUACUUAGCUCGUGGAGCAUUUCUGGUAUAAUAUCCUUAACACAUCAGUACACCCACAAAGUUUCCCUGCCCUUCGAGUCUUUUGACUUCCUGUAUGACAAACCAUGGCAACGAGUGGGUUCUUAUAUAGUAGGAAUGUGCGCUGGAUACGUUUUGUACAAGAUGAAGACUCCGCCACUGAUUUCUAGGCGUUUAAACCUAAGCCUUUGGGCUUGCAGCCUGUUUGUGCUUCUGAUCGUGGUCUUUGGGGUUUGGGAAGGACAAUUAGGCACCGCCAGCAGCGCCUUUUACGUGGGCGUAGCCCACACAGCCUUUGGAUGCGGGCUAGUGUGGAUCGUCUUAUCCUGCUGUUGGGGGCUUGCGCCGACCGUAAAUGCAAUCCUCUCGUAUCGCGUUAUGUGGCCACUUUCGCGACUCACAUACUGUGCCUAUCUGAUUCAUCCCAUCAUAAUGUUCAUAUGCUCCUCGCACAUGAGCGGAACUGUCCACCUAAGCAACCCUCUCAUACUGACCUUGUUUUUAGGCAACGCCGUCGUGUCCUUCGGCUCCGCCUUUGUCAUAUCCGCAUUUUUCGAAGCACCCGUCAUCCGGAUACUUAAAAUCUGUUUUAAAAAGUGAUCGAAUCUUUUCGCAACCAAUUUGUUUAAUUGUUAGUUUCGCUCCCACAUAUGUAUCUUCGAAGUGUAGUUGGUUUUUCUUCCCUUUUUUUGUGUCUGCAACGAAGUAAUGCACAAUCAGAUGACAGCUGAUGCUUAUAUAUCUAUAAGCUUAAAUAUGUUAUAUAUUUUUAUAAAUGAAGAGGGCUUCCUCAGUGGAAGUUAAGCGUUUUUUAAUAAAAUAUUCCUUAAACCAAAGAUAAUCAGCAUUUAAUUUUACUCAAUUGUUAUACAUGGCGUUGAGUUUUUUGUUAAAUAAACUUGACCUAGUUCAUGACAAUAUAUAGUCUGUGCCUUAACGUCAGCACUAUUUCAAACAGUAACAUAAAUAUAUUUUAUUUAUACAGAGAAAAUGGUUGAUGUUUUUCUUUUCACAAUAGUUUUGAUGGUACUCGUGGUACUCAUUGUAAAUACAUGCAAGAUACAAUGGGCCGUAUCAAAACGCCGAUGUCAUAUCAAUAAGUUAAAGGAAAUGCAGUUCGAAGUACAAAUAGUUCUGCAUGAGGAACAAAAAGCUAUUGAUUCAGUAGCAUGGAUGAUGCGAUCAGAAAUGACCACGAUUGAUGACGGUUCUGAUGAGUUCAAUGCAGAACUGGAUAACUUGCAAAGGAUUUUCUGGAACGCAACAAAUGAAUUGAAAAGGUUGGAUACAAAGCUGCUUGAGUUUAAACAAAAUGAAAAUAAAUGUAAGGCGCAUUUAUAAAUGUUUAAGUAAAAAAUGUUCUUAAAUUGUUGAAUAUUUUAAAUUUCUCAAUUGAAUCAUUUAAAUUAAAGUCUUUGUUAGUCAUUUUAUUUUUUUUAUAACCAAAGAAAAAGUUAUGGUAUUGAAUCCCAGGCAUAAAACGCAUUUUACUAUGGCGACUAUCUAAGACAUAUCGAUGUUGGUGACCGGGGUACUAUCGAUAAUACUAUCGUAUUUUUGCAGGUCUAUUGCAUGGGUUGUAAUAUUUUUUUUUUUUUAAUUCGAUUAAAUUAAUUAUACUCAGUGAAAGUAACUACAGAAAAUGCGUCGAAUUUUUAUAGAGCAGCUCCCUAAGCGUUGUUCUAGCAAGAGCAUAUCAAGUCGACAAAAAUCUACAACGUGUCAUUUAAGCCGAAGGAUCCUUAAGAUUCUUAAACUGCUGUAUCAUCCGUAAACCGUUUGCCUGUCUAGCUAAAAAACGGCUAAUGCUACGUGGAUUUCAUCAAUCCAUUCAUUGCUUCACGAAAGACAAGCAUGUUUUUUCAUCGAGAACAAGAUGACUAAAGCGAGCCAUAGUGAACAACAAGUGACACCCCCGUCGAUGCGCAAAUGAGAAGUAGAAGGGAAGAUAAAGUGGUAAAGUGGUACAGUACCGUCGAAAAGCUGCGCUAGUUUUUUUAGUACCUUGGUCCUGUGCCUAUGCUGAAUUGGCAGCUUUGUAAGCUCAACCAAGAGAUAGAAGGCUUUAAAAAGAUAGAAUUUCAUGAUAUACUAUAUUAAAUUGCCGGCAGUCACUGAGCUUUCGGAGCUCGCCCUCAUCCUUAGUCUAUUUUCUGGGGAUUGUCAGGAUUGGACUGGAGAGAUAGUGAUUUCGAAACGACAAUCCUUGGGGAGAAGCAAAAAAAAAACUAAAAGUUAAUAAAGAACCAGUUCCGACAUUUAGGUAGCAUUCACACCGUCUAAAUUGCCAAGGGAAAUAAUCCUAAUAAUCCCCGGAAUUUAAACAUUCUGCUGAAGUAAAUUACGUGACUCAAAAAUAAAUUUUCUGUUGGUUAACGCUUAGAUCGUUUUCAAGGCUCAAGAUAGUGAAGACAGUCAACGUUUGUCUCGAAAGAAAAAAAAAAAACGGGCAAAAAAAAUUCGAGACGUUUGAGACAUAUUGAAGUAUGU